AUGGACGCCUUCAAGUUGGAGCCGAGCGGGAGGGUGUGAGCGCGCCGGGGGCCGGGAGCCCGCGCCGCGCAGCCCGGCAGCCGGGCGCGCCGGGGGUGGGUCCCUCUCCCCAGCCCGGCUCUGCGUGGAAGGAGAGGGCGGGGACCGGCGCGAGGAGAGCGGAGGAGGAGAAAGGGGGCAUGACUCGGGCAACUUGCGGCGGGCGUCUGCCGAGCCUCUGAGCCGGCGGCGGCCCGGGGCCCGGAUUGCGGCCGCGCAGAUCCUACCCAGCCCACCCCGCCCGGCCGACGGCUGAGGUUGGCCUGGAUCCUCGGAGCGCCCACCGGCCAGCAGGGAUCGCCUUCGAUUCCAGGCUGCUUUCUGGAGCGCGAGGAGCGCUCUCCUCGCGGCCCCUCUCGCCGGAUCCCCGGCCCCCGAUGGCUCGGAUGGGGCUUGCGGGCGCCGCCGGACGCUGGUGGGGACUCGCUUUCGGCUUGACCGCCUUCUUCCUCCCAGGUGCCCACAGCCAGGUGGUCCAGGUGAACGACUCCAUGUAUGGCUUCAUCGGCACGGACGUGGUGCUGCACUGCAGCUUUGCCAACCCAUUGCCUGGCGUCAAGAUCACCCAGGUCACGUGGCAGAAGGCCACCAACGGCUCCAAGCAGAACGUGGCCAUCUACAACCCCGCCAUGGGCGUCUCAGUGCUGGCCCCCUACCGCGAGCGCGUGGAGUUCCUGCGGCCCUCCUUCACCGACGGCACCAUCCGCCUCUCCCGCCUGGAGCUGGAGGACGAGGGCGUCUACAUCUGCGAGUUUGCCACCUUCCCUGCCGGCAAUCGAGAGAGCCAGCUCAAUCUCACUGUGAUGGCCAAACCCACCAACUGGAUAGAGGGCACCCAGGCAGUGCUUCGAGCCAAGAAGGGGCAAGAUGACAAGGUCCUAGUGGCCACCUGCACCUCGGCCAAUGGGAAGCCUCCCAGUGUGGUGUCCUGGGAAACACGGCUGAAGGGCGAGGCAGAGUACCAGGAGAUCCGGAACCCCAAUGGCACGGUGACCGUCAUCAGCCGCUACCGCCUGGUGCCCAGCCGGGAAGCCCACCAGCAGUCCCUGGCCUGCAUUGUCAACUACCACAUGGACCGCUUCCGGGAAAGCCUCACCCUCAACGUGCAGUAUGAGCCUGAGGUGACCAUCGAGGGGUUUGAUGGGAACUGGUACCUGCAGAGGAUGGAUGUUAAGCUCACGUGCAAGGCUGAUGCCAACCCCCCAGCCACCGAGUACCACUGGACCACGCUGAAUGGCUCCCUCCCCAAGGGCGUGGAGGCCCAGAACAGAACUCUCUUCUUCAGAGGACCGAUCAACUACAGCCUGGCAGGAACCUACAUCUGUGAGGCCACCAACCCCAUCGGCACCCGCUCGGGCCAGGUGGAGGUCAAUGUCACAGAGUUCCCCUACACCCCGUCUCCUCCCGAACACGGGCGGCGCGCAGGGCCAGUGCCCACGGCCAUCAUUGGGGGCGUGGUGGGGAGCAUCCUGCUGGUGCUGAUUGUGGUCGGCGGGAUAGUGGUGGCCCUACGCCGGCGCCGCCACACCUUCAAGGGUGACUACAGCACCAAGAAGCACGUGUACGGCAACGGCUACAGCAAGGCGGGCAUCCCCCAGCACCACCCGCCCAUGGCCCAGAACCUGCAGUACCCCGAGGACUCAGACGACGAGAAGAAAGCCGGCCCGCUGGGUGGAAGCAGCUACGAGGAGGAAGAGGAGGAGGAGGGCGGUGGUGGGGGCGAGCGCAAGGUGGGCGGCCCUCACCCCAAAUACGACGAGGAUGCCAAGCGGCCCUACUUCACCGUGGAUGAGGCAGAGGCCCGUCAGGACGGCUAUGGGGACCGGACUCUGGGCUACCAGUACGACCCCGAGCAGCUGGACUUGGCCGAGAACAUGGUCUCUCAGAACGACGGGUCUUUCAUUUCCAAGAAGGAGUGGUACGUGUAGCCCCCCUUUCCAGAGCCUCUGUCUGCACCCCCUGGGUCCCAGCCCCGACCCGCACGCCCCCUGCCCACCCCCCAACUCCCAUUCCUCCAGGAGCUCAGCAGAGACUCAUUCAGCUGCCCAAAGCUGGCCCCACGCCCCCAGGGAACCGGGAGCCCAGGGCCUGGACCUGGCUUUGUUUUGACUUCCUCCCUGGCCCCCACCCUCCCCCAUGGAGUUGUGUUCACUGUGGCUUUGGUGUUGCUGUACCUUUCCCUCCUGACCCCAUCUGCUGCCCUUUGCAGGGAGCCCUGUUCUCGUCUUGUGUACCUGGGCAUCCCUCCAGGGUUUGGGGAGCCAGCCCUCCCCCCCAACACUGGAAUUUGUUUGUGUCCUCUCCCUUGCGGGUGGAGGGCUGAAGGGGCUCCAAGAGGGAGAGCCCCCACCCCUCAGCCACCCAACCCUGGAUGCUGCUCCUCCUUCCCUGGGAGAGGGAACCUGGCACCCACCCCCCC